AUGGGUUAAUAAAUUAUUGGAAAAUGCAAAUAAUGUGGCCCACAAAAUGAGGAUAUCUUACCGCAGAUGGAAUUCUCAAAGGAGAUUAAGAGUGAAGUCGUCAAAAAUCUAAAAUAAAAGUUACAUGAAUUUGAUUCUUAUGCCAUAUAAAAGGUAACUACAUAUAGUCUGAAAUAUGAUGGUUUGUUUAGAAAGGAAGACAUCAAAAAAGAGAAGGUAAUAGAUUCGCUGGGUUUAGUUUUGCCUAUGGAUCUUGAGAAAAUAAAGGUAAUUAAUGAAGAGGCAGGAUUCAAAUUCCACUGUGGUGUUAGUUUAGGAAAUCCUAUCAAUAUUGGAUUUAAGACUGUCAGAGGAUCCACGAUUGAAUUGAAUGAAUAUGGAUACACUCUAGUGAAAUUAUGGGGUCUUGGGGAAAUGAUGAUCAACUUUGAAUCUUGCAUAUAAAUUAAGGGCAUUAAAUUGGUUGGAUUAGUGAGAGGAAACAUUGACAAUUAUAAAAAGGUAAUCAUGAAUAAUGGAUGGGAAGAAUAUGAUCACAUUAUUCUUGAAGAUGACAACAUUCUAGAUCUAUAAUAUGAUGAAUAGACUCAUGAAAUAAGGCACAACUCUAUGCUAAGUGGAUUAUUGCUUUAUGAUGGAUUUGUAAUUUACAAGCAUUAUGUUGAUAAAUUGCAAUUUCAGUGUGAUUAUCAGAUUGUCAAAAAAGAUGUUUUAGAAUUGAUUGAAAAUGAAGUUAAGUAAGCUAACAUAAUUAAUAUGAUUACCAACAUCUCCUACAUUAAAUAAUAAGAAUAUGUCAAACUGAAAUAGUUUAUCAUGACUUAAAAAAAGCAAUCCUUCAGUAGAGAUGUCGAAGUUACUAUCAAAAAGAAAACUAUCUAUUACAAAGAAGACAAGUAAGUUUAUUAUGAUCAACCAAUUAUUUACAUUAAUAGUUCCCCAAAAUCCUUCUCAAUGGCUGAUAAAUUUGCCAAUCAAUUAGGCAAAAAGAAUCUUAAAUGGGAUUCCAAAUUGUUGAAAGCUAAACUCAAUGAGAAAAUUAAAGAAUUCUCUCUUAAUGUUCAAAUCGCCUUGCAAAAAGACAUUAUCAUAUCAAUUACAAAAGAGUCUUGUCAAAUAUAGGUUCACCAUUGGGAAAAUGGAAUCUUAGUGCCUUAUUAUAAAACCUUGGAUUACAUCUCCUAAAUCAAAUUAUGGAUUGCAGCAAGUGAAGCCAUCAAAUAUGAACCCAAUGAAGAUCCAGUGUAAGAUCGAAUAAGUGAUUUGGUAGCUAAAUUAUUUGAAAAUAUACCCAAAGUUGAUAAAGUUCUUGGCACUAAUUAUGCUAAUAUACCUUUUGUAGAGAAAUGGAGACCACCAUAUGAAGAAUUCGAUCCUCAUCCCAAAAAUCUAGAAAUCAAUCGUAAAACUGAUAAAAUUCUAUUGGUUUGGCUUUUUGAUUAUGAAAUUGAGGAGAAUAUGGAAAAAUUAAAAGAAUUAAUCAAAAUCAAAAAAAAUAAUCCCUAACUUGGAAUACAAAUAGCAAUUUUGAGUUAUCUAAGGUUUUCAACAUGGACUACCAAAUUUUAAGCUUUUUUGGAUAAAUAUGAAUUAACUAGGUCAGUAUUGGAUAAUACAAUAGAAACAUGGUUUCCUCAGGAAGAACAAUUAGGAAGAUUUAAAUUUAAUGUAAUCCUUUAAAGAAUAUAUGGAUUAAUGUUAGAUAAAUAAGACAUGAUGAUUGUGGAUUCAAAAGGAAUUGUGAGAUUAAUCGAUAAUAGUGCGACAAUUAUUAAUAAUUUGACUUAAGAAAUUGAUAAAUUAAAAGAGAAAGUGAAAGUGGUUGUAAAGAAUUACAACUAUUGGAGGUAAUAUUAGAAUUUAAAGAAAUGCAUUAGAGACAAUCCUUAAUUAGCUGAAAUAGUCAAAAAGAUUUAAGAGAAGGGAAUUGUAGAGGAGAGCAAGGUACUCAUAGAAUAAAUGAAGGAUAAAGUUUGGACAUUUGAAAAUGGGUAAGUUAAAGAAGAAAAAUGGCAUGAAUAACCAACGAGAAUUUUGAGAAAUAUAACAGAUUAUACUGAUAUUAAUGAGAUGGCUAGAAUUAUUGCGAAAUACAUUGAUAAUAAUGAUAUUUGUGCAUUGAAAUGA